UACUGCGCCUGCGUGAAAGCAGGAACGGUGGAGGAGUUUCACUGUUUUGCUACUGUAAAAUCUUAGGGUAGUGAAUCGCUAGGAGAGAUACAGGGGAAGAACGGAGCCGAAUUUACGAGCGUUCCCCGAUAAUGCUAUUUUAAAAUGAUUGUGACUGAAUAAAGUUUUUCUACAUGAGAUGGACAAUUAGUACGGACAAAAGUUUAGUUGCCUAGGCUGUGAAGAGUUUGCGCGCAGCUACCUAACUAGCUAUGCUAACGUUCGCUAGCUAGCGAGCUAGAUACAACUGUAAACAUGGUUUAAAUUGGUUGCUCACUUGACGUUAUAUUGCAGUAAUUUUAAUUGAGCGUGAAUUAUGUUAUGAAUGUGUGUCUGUCGUAGCCAAUACCGUAUUUAGGAUACAUGUAUGCUUGGAUUCAAACAGCCGCAGUGUGUACACAAAUCAAACAACUGCAGCAGAGGCAGCAGAUGAUGGAGGAGCUGUGGAGACGUGGCAUGCCCCUGUCAGAUCGAAUGGAAAAUGACCCCCCAGCCGAUAUGGCCCCAGGGUCCACGACCACAGCGGCCCCGUCGGGCUCCAAUGCUUCCUGGAUGCCAGACACCCCCCUGGUGACCCCUGAGGAACCAUACUUCCUCAUGACCUCCACUGCCCAGACUGUGUCGGGGUUCUUUGUCUGGACAGCCCUGCUAAUAACCUGCCACCAGAUUUACAUGCACCUGCGCUACUACAGCUCUCCCAAUGAGCAGAGGCACAUAGUUCGCAUCCUCUUCAUCGUUCCCAUCUACGCCUUUGACUCGUGGCUCAGCCUCCUCUUCUUCACUAACGAAGAGUACUACGUCUACUUUGACACGGUCCGCGACUGCUACGAAGCGUUUGUGAUCUACAACUUCCUCAGCCUGUGUUAUGAGUACCUUGGAGGGGAGAGCGCCAUCAUGGCUGAGAUCAGAGGAAAGCCCAUUGAGUCCAGCUGUGUGUACGGCACCUGCUGUCUCUGGGGAAGGACUUACUCCAUUGGAUUCCUCCGAUUCUGCAAACAGGCCACUCUACAGUUCUGUGUGGUGAAGCCUCUGAUGGCCAUGAUCACAGUCAUCCUGCAGGCCUUUGGGAAGUACAGAGAUGGAGACUUCAAUGUGGCCAGUGGGUACCUGUAUGUGACCAUCAUCUAUAACUUCUCUGUCAGCCUGUCUCUCUACGCCCUCUUCCUCUUCUACUUCGCCACCCGCAACCUGCUGGUCCCCUACAGCCCCAUGCUCAAGUUCCUCAUGGUCAAGUCUGUCAUCUUCCUCUCUUUCUGGCAGGGUAUGCUGCUGGCCAUCCUGGAGAAGUGUGGAGCCAUCCCUAAAAUCAACUCUCCCGAAGUGUCAGUUGGGGAGGGCACAGUCGCCGCCGGCUACCAGAACUUUAUCAUCUGCAUUGAGAUGUUCUUUGCCGCUGUGGCCCUGCGCCACGCCUUCACCUACAAGGUCUACAUGGACAAGAGGCUGGACUCCUACGGGUCCUUUCCUAUUUUUGGACAGUACGGUCGUUGCGCCCCAAUGAAGAGCAUUUCCAGCAGUCUGAAGGAGACCAUGAACCCCGGAGACAUGGUGCAGGACGCCAUCCACAACUUCUCCCCGGCCUACCAGCAGUACACACAGCAGUCCACCCUUGAGCAGCGCGGAGGGGCGCCAGUGUCCCGCAGCCACAGCAACCUCAGCACCCGCGACAACGAGAAGACCCUGCUGCUCAGCUCCGACGAUGAGUUCUGAGCCCCCCUACACACCGACCGGUGGUACUACUGGGAGGUGGAGACGGGAGGGGCUUUAUGGACUCUACUAUAGUGCCGUAUGAAAUCGACAGGCUUGAGUCCUUUGGCUGAUCCACUUCAUUGCGUACAUGAACAUAGUACUCAUAUUCCUCAGUCUAUAUUGACAAUGCAAGCAACCUACUACAUAGGGGUCCAUUGCCACAUACCCCUGCCAAUAUGGAUCAAUACAGAUACACACACUCGUGCAUAGACCAUUCCCAGGUGUCUUCAGGCUGUGUGUUAACACUACAAAAGGCCUACCACACAGAAAAACACUCACCAACCUGCAUGCCAUUGACAUGAGUACCAUUGAAAUAUUGUCAAUUAUACAGCAUCCCCCUCGCCCUCCUGCCAGCUCUGCCUCUUGCUGAAAUGUUGCCAAAUAGAGGGAGAUCCCGCUUGGUCAGCAGGACCCUCUCUAAUUUAAGAUUUCAGAGUGACUUGGAUAAGACACUAAGGGAUCCCGAAAUCACUGUAUACUUUGAUGUUUAUUGACCUUGAUGGUAUUCUUCUCAUUUAAACAAAUCUAUUAUGAAGGGAGGUUAUUAUUAUAUGAUGUGUGUGUUGGCAUGAACAGGAAGGUACAGUGAGGAUAAUAUAAUUGGGGGGUUUUGGGGGUCAUUUGGGGUGUAUCCCGGAAUGUUAUGGUUGUUGUUGACAACGUAUUGAGGGAACAGCUGUUGACAGAGGUUUGGUGCGGAUUUCAGAUUAAAGAGGAACGGGCUUCUUAGCAGAGCUGGACCCGGCCGCAGCAGACAGGAUUAGAAUCAUGUAAUUGGGGCGUUAUGUGCGGCACAGAUCAGGCAUGUUUUACCAUUACGUUGGUCUAAUGGUCAUAUCGCACCAAACUGCGCAUGUGCAGAACGUCUAAUUAAAGGAUGUCUUUUGAUAGUUUUUUGGACAAAAAUGAAAACUUCCAGUUUGUCACUUUCACGAGGUUGGAGUAAUAAAUAACAUGUUCAACUACUUAAGACAUUGGCUCAAAUCUAGGGUUGUAUCUUUAGAUUGAGAAAAUAAACAACUAAUUUCACUGUU